AUGGCAUCCCACCAGGCACCCUACGCAGACACCGACCCAGACAGACCAUCGCCCCCGCCAGGCCACGCCGACUGGGGCCGCGCGGAGUUCAAGAAGAAAUGGUACAACGACGACGACCUGCGGGUGUUCCAGAAGGCUCUCCACGCCCACGACGCCGACCAUCCGCGCACGCCGCCCCACCCGUAA